CAGUGCAAAUCGGACAAUAAGCUAGCAGCAGUAGUAGUGAAGUGAAAAAGUCAUUUAAUGCAUUCAACUUAACAAAAGUUAAUGUAAAAUGUGGAAAACUGUGUAUAAAGGCUGUUAAUAGUGUGUAAGCGUCGCGUCGCUGUGUUCCGUGUGCAUUUGAAUGUUAUAACGCUGUGUGUGUAACAACAAAUUGAUUGUGUACAAAUAAACAAAACGACCUGUGAAAAUCUCGCCCACGCCUUCCUCCCACUAACCAUACACACAAUCCCCCCUCCCCGAUUGCACUCACGGUGACAGCUUCAAACUCAGCGAAAACUGUUGAAAGUUCCGAAAAUCAUAGCACAUUUUAAUUGGAUCACGGCGACAUCAAAAACGCCCACGUCUACGGAGGUCAUCAGCGUUACCGGUGCAAUGCCACUGGCUGAUUUGAAUAAAGAUUUGCGCCAACAGCAGCAGCUAGGCGUGGGCAUUGGCAUUGGCAACAAUGCUCACCUGGACAAUGCGAAUGGCGCUUUGGGCCAACAGCAUCUGCGUCAGCGCAUGCAGAUCACAUCGUCCGGAUGUAGUAGUCUGGCCGUGACACCGAUGGAGCACACACCCACCGACGAAGAAAGUGGGGGUGUGACCACCGUGACGUCAUCCCAGCGCAGACAACAGGCACAGCAGCAGCAACAAAAACAUUUGCAACAGGUGCAGCAAACAGCACUGCAGGCAGCAUUGGAGCACCAUCACAUCAGUUCGGUUACAGCGGACACGGCUGAGUUAAUGGAUUUGAGUGACUCGGAAGGCUAUGCACCAGCUGCCGGAGAUACAGAGUUGCGUGAAAAUGAGUUUGAGUUACGCGAAGUAGUCAAGGAAGGCCAUGAAAAAGCCGACCCCUCGCAAUUCGAACUGCUGCGCGUGCUGGGUGAGGGCAGCUUCGGUAAAGUGUUUUUAGUGCGCAAGGUGAUUGGCAAGGAUGCAGGCACAUUGUAUGCCAUGAAAGUAUUGAAAAAAGCCACACUGAAGGUUAAGGACCGUGUGCGUAGUACAAACGAACGUAAAAUACUAGCCGACGUGGGCCAUGCGUUUAUUGUAAAAUUGCACUACGCCUUUCAGACACCCGGCAAAUUGUAUUUGAUAUUAGAUUUUCUGCGGGGCGGCGAUCUUUUCACACGACUGUCCAAGGAGGUUAUGUUCACAGAGGAGGAUGUCAAAUUUUAUCUAGCCGAAUUGGCAUUGGCCUUGAAUCAUCUGCACUCGCUGGGCAUUAUCUAUCGCGAUUUGAAGCCAGAGAACAUUUUGCUAGACGAACAUGGCCACAUAGCGCUUACUGAUUUUGGCCUAUCGAAACAACCUUUAGACGGUUCGAAAACCUACAGCUUUUGUGGUACUGUAGAGUACAUGGCACCGGAAAUUGUGAAUCGCAAAGGACACGACUUUGCCGCCGACUGGUGGUCGUUUGGCGUGCUGAUGUACGAAAUGUUAACAGGAAAUUUGCCAUUCCACGGGCAAACGCGACAAGAAACUAUGAACCAAAUAUUACGCUCGAAAUUGGGCAUGCCCGAGAAUCUCUCGCCGGAAGCGCAAUCGCUGUUGCGCGCACUGUUCAAGAGGAACCCACAAAAUCGACUAGGCGCUGGACCCAACGGCAUACUGGAUAUUAAAGCGCAUUGUUUUUUUGCUACGAUUGACUGGGUAAGGCUGGAACGGAAAGAAGUGCGUCCACCAUUCAUACCAGCGGUGUCACGUGACGAUGCGUUUUACUUUGAUGUCGAAUAUACGUCAAAGUCACCACGCGACUCGCCCGGCGGUCCCAUAUCGGCGUCGGCACACGAGAUUUUCCGCGGCUUCAGCUUUGUAGCGCCAGUGCUACUGGAUCAAACCUCCAACAGUUCAAGUCCUUUGUCGCCAUUCGUGCCUAAUGCACAUCCCCAGCAGCGCAGUUUGCCCGGUGUUCUACCCGGAAACUUCCAUUCCGAAUACAACCUCCUGCAGGAAUUAGGACGUGGCACAUUCUCUGUCUGCCGUUUAUGCGAACAUCGCUCAACGAAAAAGCAUUUUGCUGUCAAAAUUAUUGAAAAAGCAGCUGCGGCAGCAUCAGCUAGUUCCGCAGACUGUUGGGAGGAGGUUGAAAUAAUGUUGCGCUAUGGUAAUCACCCAAAUAUUGUCACUUUAUUCUCAGUGUAUGAGGACGUGACAUCAGCGUAUUUGGUUAUGGAGCUGCUGAAGGGCGGCGAGCUGCUCGAUCGCAUACUUGCUGUGGGGCAGAUGUGCGAGAGCGAGGCGAGUGCAGUGCUAAGAACGGUCGUGUCGGCCUUGGCGUACCUGCACGAGCACGGCGUAGUGCAUCGGGACCUGAAACCAUCGAACAUGAUUUACGCUAGCAUGCGACAGACGCCGGAGACGCUAAAACUAUGUGACCUGGGAUUCGCAAAGCAGCUACGUGCCGACAAUGGCCUGCUGAUGACACCCUGCUACACAGCCAACUUUGUGGCGCCGGAAGUGCUAAAGCGUCAAGGCUAUGACUUGGCUUGUGACAUCUGGUCAUUGGGCGUGUUGCUCUACAUUAUGCUCUCUGGCCGCACGCCUUUUGCCUCAACACCAAACGACUCACCCGAGGUGAUAUUGAAACGUAUCGGUUCCGGGCAUGUGGAUUUCACCUCAAAUCGUUGGGCAAUGACCGGCUGCGAAGUGAAAGAUCUCCUGCGUCAAAUGCUACACAUCGUGCCGGAAAAUAGACCAACAGCGGCGCAAAUACUGCAGCAUCCUUGGCUGCGCGAACAGUCGGCGGGUUCAGUGCGCCUCACAGAAUACGCCAUAAUACCCACGCAAAUGUCGGUUGCGGGCAACAAUGCCGCAGGCGAAGGUGGCGUGGGGUUGGCGCAACCCAACGCCAAUUCGGUGCGCGAAGCGACAGCGGCGUUACGCGGUGCCGUUGAUGCCACUUUUCGCGCAAUUGCAAUACCACAAGCGGCCAAUGUGGGACCAGUAGAAAUGUCGAAACUGGCGAAACGACGUGCCAAAGACCGAGCCAACUUGCACUCGUAAAUUUUUUGGGCGAAAUUUAAGUGAAUCAUGUUGGCGGUUAUGUGAAAGCUGUUUUGUGUGCUGAUUGGAAAUUUGUAUAGUAGCUGUUGGUGCGUGCGUGGAACAGCAAAUAGCCACCAUUCAACGACAGCACACAUUGUUAGCGUAUUUAUUAAUAAAACACGUAAACUAACUAGAAGUGGGGGGCGCGAAGCAGGCACAAAAUAUAUAUAUUUUUAGGCGUUUUGUCGGCUUCCAACGCGCGACUUCCAUAUGUACGCACAAUCAGUGGUGGCACAUAGGGGAAGGAGUGAGCUUUGUGUGUGUGCGUGUGCUGCGCGUAUGUGAAGUUCAACAUUUUGUGAACAAGUUAAUUAUGUAUUUUUUAAACAAUAAUUGUUGUCUAUAAUGCGAAUACAAAUUUAUAAAAUUAUUGACUAGAUAAACGUAACAAAAGAUAUUUUUUGCAAAGCUAUUUACCCGUAAAUAAUGGUCAAAGUUAAGAUGCUUACCAAAAAAAAAAACACAAAAAAUACAUAACGGACAAAAAUAUGCUAAAUAAUUGAAAAUAUAUGUGUAUAUUGUAUAUUGGUACUCGCAGCGUGCGCUGUUUUAAGAUUCUAAAGAAAAUGUCUAAAGCGAUUUCAAUCACAUUUAGUGUUCGUAGUGGACAGUCGAAGCAAUGCAAGUUGCUGCAAUUCAGCAGAAGAAGCAUUCGAAAACCUUCCCUAAAUCCAAUUCCCAUUGACUUUCUAACGGUUAUGCCAAAUUUAUUGUCACUCUCAGAGCACUUUUGCGUUUGAAAUCAAAAACUAUACACGAAUUAUAUACGCGAAUUUUAACUAUUAAUGCAUUACAAGCAAAAUUUAUAUAUAUAAAAAAAGUUGAUAAAUACAUACAUACAUAUGUAAAUAUGUAUCUACAGUUACAAAUUUCAUGCUUAAUUGUAUUGAAAUUGCAUUGUGAAAUUAAUACAAGAUUGUGAUUUGCCUUUUGAAAAUAAGUAUACAGACUUUGGUAACGUGCAUGUGUGCACACAUACAUAGAUACAUACAAAUGUGUAUAUAUAAAGGCCAUUUAAAGAACUGUUUGUAAAACUGUUAAGUAAAAAGAUUAAAUUAUGUACAUACAGAUAUGCGAAAAAGUUUGCGCUAAAGGAGGUGGUGGUGUUGCUUGAAUGAUGGAACACAAACAAAGCACUAAUUUGAGUGCAGCAAAGAGCAACAGUGAUUUUAUGCCAAUUCGAGAUCUAAGCUAAAGCUAUAAUAAAGGACGUUCACUAUAGUGAAUGAAUAACAUUUCUGCUCCAUACAAACAUACAUAUUUACUGUGCAGUUUCUGUGCUUCUAAAAUGUUGUGUGAAACAGUAAAAAUGUAAAACUGUCAAUGUCAAGCAUCACUGCUUCUGCAAGUAACACAAAAGAGGAUUUAGAUUAAUAGUUGAGUGAUUGUAAUAAUUAUACAAGCAGACAUUUGUAGUUUUAGUAAAUUUAAAGUUCGAACUUUUAUAACUCGGCUGUAGACUCGUAUAUAUACAUACAUACAUAUAUGUUGUAUUUACAAUGCCGCUUCUAAUUACAUAAAUAAUAUACAUACAUACAUAGAUACAAGUUAAUGUAAAUGUUAAUAGUAAAAAGAGCAUAAUUUGAUGUUGAAAAUAAUUGAUAACGAAAACAAAAAAAAAAACAACAACCAGCACAUACGUACAUAUGAGUAUAACAGAGAAGCAAAUGUGGUCGAAAACAGUUUAUAUAAUUCAACUCAAUCAGCUUAUCGAAAGAUUUUAGUCUAAGUAUUUUAUCAAUAUGUAAAAAAAAAGUAAAAAAAGUUUAAUUUAUUAAAAACAAAUUGCAAAAAAAUGCAUAUAACUAAGCAUACAUACAUACAUACAUAGCUAUGUAAGGGUAUGUAUAUAAUAUAAUAUAUAUAUGAAAUAUACACACAUAACAGUUAUAUAUAUUUAUAUAAAGGGUGUUUUUUAAGAGCUUGAGAACUUCAAAUGAUAAUAUAGGGGUUUUCCAAUAAGAGGUGUUAUUUUGAUAUUCAAAGAAAAGUGCUAUUUUUUAAUAUAUGGUAAAUGAUCGGAUGUUUAUCUCAUUAGAAAGAGGAAGGUAUGCCGUUAAUAGUGGAAAAUAACAUCAAGCAAAUGAUCACCACGACCACGCUUACAAGACUUUUUUCAUGAAAUUUUCCAUAACCGAAUUGCAAAGUGGCUGCCCUAUGUCCUCGAUAUCCUCACGAAUUCCAUCUUUGAGGUCUUGAAUCGACCCUGGACUUCUCUUUCACGUGGCCUAAAAGAAAAAAGUCACAAGGCAUUAAAUCACAAGAUCUCGGUGGCCAAUUGUGAUCACCUCUUCGAGAGAUAACACGGUCCGGAAACUUUUCACGUAAAAUAUCAAUGGUUUCGUUGCUUGUGUGGCACGUAGCACCGUUUUGUUGAAAAUAAACGUUGUCCAGAUCAAUACCAUCCAAUUUUGGCCAUAAAAAUCGUUAAUCAUCUCUCGAUAGCGCAAUCCAUUCCAAAAUAACACCUGUUAUUGGAAAACCCUUUACAAAGCAGAAAUAUAAUAUUAAUAGUGGUGUUACAGAAAGAAGCGUGAGUCCAUAGACGCUUUGUCCAAGGCGCGCAUUCAUUCAAGGUGUAGCACUAGAUCAACAACACUGUUCUGUACGUUUGAUUGUCAAAGCAAAGUAUUGAGAAACUAGACAACAAAUAAUGAAUUCGCCUUGUUUCAUUCUGAGGUGACUGCCACAUGGACAGGGCGAAAGAAAAAAAAACAACUCAGCUGAUUUACCAACACCACCUUUAAGAGAUUCGCCUUGGCUUUGCCCCUUUAUUACUUAUUAUAAAAUGUAAUAUCGAAUUUCGCAUGCGUAUUGCUGCCAUCAAUUUUUGAAACCUCAGCAAACGUCGUUUACAGAUUUCCGCCAACUGUUUAUUACUAGCAGCCAAUUAAUAAAAUAAAUAAAUAAUUGGCGCGUACACUUCUGUUAGGUGUUUAGCCGAGCUCUUCCUCCUAUUUGUGGUGUGCGUCUUGAUGUUGUUCCACAAAUGGCCAUAGCAGCCAAUUGCGCAAUUAAAUUAGCUAUUCCUUCACCUUGUCUUUUCUUCAUAUCGUCAAUAAUAAUUAAACAAACCAAAAACUCCAAAAUAUUCCACCAAACCAAUUUUCAUAUGAAGAAAAAGCUUUCAAAGCAGUAUUGACAGGCGUUUUCCAGAAUCAGACUUAGGAUAUUGGUUUGCGAUAUACUGAGUAUGGAUAUAGUUCAUACUCUUCCUCUUCCGAAUCUCUUAAAUAUCAUCAAUGAAUUCAAGAGAUCUGUGGAAGAGUGACCUCAAACUAAUUUUUCCGUCUUACCACACACUUUUUAUCUUUCCUAUCUUUAUUCUUUCUACUGAAAUCUAUCCGGGUGUAAUACAAUGUUCGCCUGGCUGAGUGCUUGAACUUGUCAAACCCUCCACAAAUCUAAUCUAAUGUAAUAUAGUAGCCAUAUGUUAACGGACAGAUUGAUUUUGUGGAUUUAUUGUUAAUUAUAGGUACUUUUAGACUACCCUUUCUAAUAAAUCUGAUAAAUAAAUCUAAAUGCCGCCAAACAGCAAAAAUGCGAGGCAAUGAUGGUCAUUUGAUCAUUCCCAUGACACCUGGUUCUACGUUACCGGAAUGCCUCGGUUUUUUUCCGACCAAGGGCUAUUGCCCCCCAUAAACUAGCGCUGUCAAGUGCACCGUACCGCAUGGCCAUUUGCUUUAACCUCUUCAACAAGCUGCCGUUUAUAGGCACGGAAGCCAAGGUUGUUGCGUAAAAUUUUCCACAUAGUCGGAUGACAAAGGCCAAAAAGUUGAGAACUUUGGUGCGAUGUGCCUGCCUGCACAUGUUGAACAUAUAUUGGACAUGUCGCGGUCGAUUCUGGAUAGGUAUGAGUUUAACCUGCUACAAUAUACGGAACGCGAUUAAGCAACAUUUCGGCGUCUUUUUCAAACCUUCGCUCUAUGAACUUUGCGAACAGAUUAAUUUUAUUUUAUUUUUUUUUUUUUUUUCAAAGAAAAUUUCCACAAUUUGUAAGCGAGGCUUUCUGGCAUUAAACGAUUGAUGAAGACUUGCCAAAUCUUACGAUCCGAAAUUUGACACAUUUUGCCAUUCUCAGCCGUCAAACCAUAGUUAUCAAAAUCGCUAGUUCUCAUGCAGCUAAAAAAACACCCGUUAUAUUACUAAUAAAUAAAUGUACAUAUAUAUUUAGAGAAAAUGUAUGUAACUAACUACCUACCACUUAAACAUAACGAGCUCCUCCUCCAAUUUGUGGUGUGCGUCUUGCUGUUUUUGCACAAAUGGAGGGGCCUACAGUUUUAUGCCGCCUCCGAACGGCAGAUGGAUUUUAUGGGGCGUCUUUUCAUGGCAGAAAUACAAUCGACAGUUUGCCAUUGUCUAUUAAAAAACAAACGCCUUCUAUCAUUUAGUACUUCAUACCCACAGUGGGUUUCGAACUCGUGCCCUACCGUAUGGUAGUCACGCUCUAACCCCUUUGGCUACGGUGGCCGCCUACAUGUGUACAUACAUACAUAAUAUUUACCUAAAGAAAGUUACAUAAAAUCUGCAUUAAUGCAUAAAUUCUGCAAUUACCACACUUGUCGAGCUUUGUAAAGUUGUAUUAUGUAGCCAACUUUUAGGCUUUACAACUCACUGGCUGAGUGAAAUAGUAAUUUUACGAAAAUUGUUGAAGUGUGUACCCAAACAUGCGUACACACACAUGUACAUACAUGCAAAUACAUAUACAUUUUGGCCAAGAAAGUACACAAACACACACACACACACCUAUUGUUGAACAUAAAUAUGUACAUAUGUGUACAUACAUACAAACACACUUAUAUAAAUACAAAAUGAACAAAACGGUAUAGAAUUUCGAUUUCAGAAACGAAUUGUUAGCAAAACACUUUUUAAAGAAAUAAAAGAUUAGUAAAGUCAGUGCCAUGGUAAAGCGCGCAGCACCCGGUUGCACAUGCGGUUGGGGUGGGCAGUAGGCAGGGGUGCCACAUACAUACAUACAUGGAUCAUAAAAAGUAUAUAAAUAGAAGGCAUAAAGAAAAAUUAGAUGUUUACGCUCAAUGCUUGUGUGACCGAAUGCUGUGAAAGCUUACAUAUAUACAUACGUACACACAUACAUACAUACAUACAUUGUUUGUUUCAUACAUUCAUUAACGCGCGCAUAAAACAUUUCACUUCAUUCCAGUACCUCAGCGAAAAAAAAAAAAAUAAACAAACAGUUUUUUUAAGAAAUCAAACUGCGUACUUCAGGAAUUCUAAUGUGCAUUAAAAAGGAAGCAAAGGGCAGGGCUUUGAGGACAAUUUCAUAAAAACUCAUUUUAUAUUUCAUAAGUGAAAUAUAACCAAACAAUACGAAAUUAUUAGUGUAACAAAUACUUGCGAAGUUGAUAAAAGAAAAAAAAAUUUAAAAAAAUAUUUAAUAGUGUGCGCUGGCCUCACUUUUAGAUUAGAUUUGUGAAGGGUUGGGCAAGUCCAAGCACUCAGCCAGGAGACCACCCGGAUAGAUUUCAGUAGAAAGAAUAGAGAUAGGAAAGAUAAAAUGUGGGUGGUACGACGGAAAACUUUGUUUGAGGUCACUCUUCCACAAAUCUCUUGAAUUCAUUGAUGAAUUUUAAGAGAUCCGGAAGAGGAAGAGUAUGAACUUUAUCCACACUCAGUAUAUCGCAACCCAAUAUCCUAAGUCUGAUCUGAAAAAUGCUGGACAGCUACGGAGAAAAGCCUCUGCAGUGUCGCCAUCCUCAAGACAGAAGCAGCUUUUUGCUGUCCACAGAUGUUGUGCCCUAUGAUUAUACCCACCAGUUUUCUCAGGUACUUUCUGUUGAGUUUUAGGAGAAAGGCCGCGUCGCUAUUUUCCUGUUUGGUACUUUUUAAAAGCACUUGGCUACUCUGCACGAGUUCAACCCAGACCAACGUCGUCUAUGGGUAGAUCUCAUGAAGUCGUGAAUUCAUAGUUGAAUCGAUGCGGAAUUGACACCUAGAAAGGGUUCAGAGCCUAGUGGCAUACUUGCAGAGCCUUUAUUAUACAAUUUAUCAGCUAACUCGUUCCCUGCAAUACCACAAUGUCCAGGCAUCCAAAUAAGACUUACUUUGUUGUGUUUUGCAACACUGUUCAGUUCUGACUUGCAUUCACCGAUUAAUUUCGAAGAGCAGCGUGGGUUAGCAAGGGGUUUCAGUGCAGCUUGACUGUCACUACAAAUUCCAAUACUGCUUCCAAUACUGGCAUAGACUUCCGUGAGGAAUACCGUGGCCAUGUGUCCUGUGGCAUAGGAGUACUUAGUGUCUUCGUCUACUGUUAGAAAUAACUUCAUUUAAACGAUUGGGCAUUUAGGAAAUGAGCUUUUGGAGAUACGUAACCUCAAUUUUGUCCCAUUCUUCCACAAUGUUUUUUUUGUUUGUUUGUUUUUAAAUCAAUCAAACGUUCAAAUAGCCGUCCGUUUUGGUAAACACUACUAGGUAGUAGUCCCCAAACAUUCACAGUUCAUGUUUCGACUUGACUUUAACAAAAUUUCAACAACAAAAAUUAUAAUUGUAAAAGUUAUCGCUGUUUGUGUGGAGCCCGUUUCUCCACAAGUGCUUGGAGAUUCAUCUAAAAUCAAUCGGACAAGAGAAAUUAGUUUUAUUAAUAGCUUUUUUUUCAAAAUUAACAAUAUGGCGGCCUUAGGAAAUAUUUUUCGGAUUUUCGAGCAAAAAACCGACAAUUAAUUGUUUAAAAAAAAUCAAAAUUUUGAAAAAAAAACUUCGAUCAGGCAUGAGUUUCUUAUGUUUUUCAAUAGCAGUAUAAAUGUUAUUGAAAUCUACCCAGCGGUUACAGUGAUCACCAGUUCAAAAAACAUAGUUUUGAGAAAAACGUAUUUAAAGUUUUGCGCCGAGCGCCCUUUGUUAAUUGUUGGAUAACUCUAAUUUUUGGAAAAUUCUGACUACCCCUAACCCCUUAAAACAACCUCAAGAAAUUUGAAAUAUAACAAAUAUGUGACUUCCCAUGGUGCCCAAAAGCUGCCCAAGCAUAGCAAUUUGUGCUUUCGAGGCGUGUGUCCUCCAAUACAUACUUAAUCUUUUCAUCUGGCUCGUCCAAGUUGCACUUUUUCUCAUCACCAAAAAUGGUUUUAAGCCACUCUUCCUCUUCAUAUUUUGCAGCUCUUUUUCGUAUUUGAUGUUAAAGUCAGUACUCAAAAUUUGCUGAAUUUGAUGUUUAGUGACUUUUAAUGAUAACUGGGACUUAAUGUCUCACCUGCACUUAAUUGCUUAUUUCAGAAAUUUGCCUUAUUUUUUUUUACCUUCUUCACUCAAAUGGACAACUAUUUUUAUCAUGAAUUCUGAAAGCGACUUUCCGGACGGCAUUUUUGCUUUUAUGUCGUCAGAAAUAUUAUCAAAAUUGUUGUUGUUGUAGCAGUAUACUUAACCCUGUCAGUGUAGUGUAGAUUACCGGUCAUCUUCGUCUCGCUCAUCUAACGGUAGGCCCAGGAAACAUGCUGUUUCGACAGCUUGGGUCCAGAGGGAGAGGGGUGUUAGGUGAGUAGCUUUGAUGGGACUUUGUGAAAAGGUGGUAAGUGCCGUGCGGAGUGCCUUCACAUGCUGAACAUAUAUUGGAUAUGUCGGAAUCAAUUCUGGAUAGGUAAAAGUUUAGUCAGUUCUCUCUCUGUGUCUCUCGGGGUAGCUAAAGCUCUUCAUCUGCAAUAGGUUGGACUCCGAUUACGGCAUUCAGAAGUUGGGAGUUUAGGCAGGUGGUGAAAUUGAAAUUUGAAAUUUGACAGGCCGAGCCAAGAAGCACCGAAAGAUUUGGUAACUCCUAAAACACUCAGGCAUAUAAGCCCAUUGUAUUUAAAGCUCUGGAAAGUGAAAGGGUAGAGAGUCAAAAAGGAAAGGAGAGAAGUAGCAGAAGGAAAAAGAUAGGAUAGAAUAGAGGAAUAAAAGUAGUUAGAUCUGUAAGAAUUUUUCAGAUUCUUUGAUAAAUCUGAAAAUAUCCUCCAGUUUGAGAUAACGCAUUUUAUUUGUUCACAUGGCAUCGGAACCCAAAAUUCGUAGCGUUGCCCUAGCAAAUGCAGAACACUCACAGAAAAGAUCCCCAGUGCCAUCCGCCUCCUCCAAGCAAGACAGGCAAAUCGGGUCCUCAAUAAUUCCAAUGGUGGUAAUAUGUUGACUCCAUGGAUUGUGUACUGUAAUAAUACCGACCAUCAACCGAACGUCUUUUCUUCCAAGUUUUAGAAGAAAGUCCGAUUGUUUACUGUUCGGUCUUGUCACAAAAUACUUUGUAAUUCUGCAGCGUUCUAGACCGAAACAUCGCUCUUUAUGUAAAUUUGCUUACAUAGUCGCUGAUCCACUUCUCGAUUCCUGCAGAACUGAUUCCGAUUAUCGGCUUUGGUCAAGUUGUUGGCUAAGUUGUUGGUCACAGUUUGGUUAAAUUGUUGGUCACAGUUGGUCAAUUCAUCUUCAAUUUCAUGCCCUUCAAGUGGUAAGUGUCUACCGAUGAAUGCCAUUUAGCGUCUGUCUAAACACUGUCCGGUCCAGUUGUAUAUAGGGUUCGACGGACCCAUCUGGAAACCCUGUAUCUUUUGACAGAAAUCGCUUAAUGACAUACUGCGUUGGAAGCGUCAGUCCAAGCAGAUUUUUACCAUGGAACAGUACACGCCACGCGAGCGCUCCUAAAUUGUUGAAAUUUACAUUCAACAAAAGAAGUCAAUUGUGAAAACUCAACGUGCGUAUAAAAAAUUAAAUAAUGUAAAAAGUGCGACUUGUAAGAACUCCAUUAAACGUUUGUACGAAAGGUUUUCGACUGGUGAUGCUCUUUCGUAACUCCUAAAUCCAAAGAGGCCAAAUCAAAACCGACCAAGGCGAUCGGCUGAGAAUAUUGCUCUUGUACGGGCCAGUGUUGAGACGUCGCCAAGGACUUCCCAAAAUCGCCGUUCUCAGCAGUUGGGCAUUGCUCGGACCACUUUACAACGAAUUAUCCGCAUUGAUUUGCAUUUAUUCCCGUAUAAGAUUCAAUUGACGCAAAGAUUCUUGCCUGCGGACAAGCUGCGUCGAUUGGAAUGGGCCCAAAGAGUCAUCGAAAUCCGUCGGGUCCGUCGAAUAUGGGCAACCCAGUAGUUUUUAAACUAUUUGUUUCAUUAUUUAUUUCGCUGAGGUAGAUUAUCAUUAUUAUUAUUAUUAUUUUUUUUUUUAUUUUUUUAAAUUAUUUCUGCGAUUUCGGUUCAAAUUCUGCCAACUAAUAUUUCUUUUCCACGUAGGCGCUUUUAGCAGUGCAUUUCAAGAAGUAAAUCGCAAACAUUUGCUUGCCAAUUAAAAAUAUAUCAGCUAAAAUUUAAAAAGUCAAGAUUUUAAAGCUUUCCAUAGCACCGAUGCGACAUUUGUUUUGCCACCUACACCGGCGCCAUCAUUUACCACAAACGCCACUUGUGCGCUCAUAUUUUAAAAUAAUGAAAAAAUACUAAAAAAAAUUUCAAAAUUAAACGCUAAUUAUCAUUUCCUUUCUGCGCGCCACUGGCUUGCAUUCGCGUCGUAUCAGUGCCAAGUUAAGCAACAAAAAAUGCUGAAAUGAGUGAAAAAUUAUCAAAAAAACGCUUCCAAAAUGACCAAAAAAAAAAUAAUAAAAAAUAAAAAGCAAAUUAAAUUUGCGACAAAUGCAUUUUUUGUGGUGUUCGACCAUCAGUGAAGUAGAAAAUUUUAGAAAAAUUAUGUAUAUCCUCCGCCCCACUAAGUUGUCAAUUCACUCUACAAUUAUUAUGCAAAUAUGUUUACUCACCUACAUUUACACCCUAUAUAUGUGCAUUCAUAUAUUUUAUGUCAUUUUACAAACACACUACUACUAAUUUUAAUUGUUAACAUUUUACCUACAAAUGUAUUAAAAAAAAAUGUAUUGAAAAUUUGAUGUUUUGUGUGACAUUUUUAAUAUUUACGAUUGUGUGAAGAAUUCCACUAUACACAUACAUACCCAUCUGGUAUGUACACACAUACAUAUAUUGUAUUAUAUAAGCAUUUAUAUCAUUUUAAACGCACCUUGCAUACACACACACAUACAUACAUAUAUACACUUGUAUGUGAUUGCAGUUCACUUUAUUGUUGUAUUUACUAAUUUUAUUUCAUACGUCAAAAUGUAUUUAUCGACUUGUAUUUAGCGUUAGAACAAAAGGUCAUUCAUUUGCAUUUAGAUUUUACAUACUUAUUAGUGAAUUUUACAAAACUGCUGUCGCAUGUACAUACAUAGACACACACAUACAUACAUGCGAGUAUAUCGGUUAUUCGAUGCCCACAUUCAAGUGCGCGCCAAUACUUUAGCAAAUAUUUGCUUCGUAUUGUCGUGCAUUUCUAAUACUAUAUAGGUACAUACAUACAUAUGUACGUGCGUGCAUACAUACAUACAUACAUAUUUAAAAAUGAAAAAUUGUAAAAUUACGAAAAUUCUAUGCAUCAGUGAUUAACAAAGUUGUGUACUUUUCCACAUUAAAUAUUCCAGAUUUAUUACGAUUCAAUAUAUAAAAAUUAAAAGAAGAGAUAAUUAAAAGUAUUUAAAAUUGAUAAAGAUGCAUUGCAUGUUUUCCUUUAAUUUUAAAUUAAUUAAUUAUCGAUUGAAUAAAGUUGAUAUCUUGAAAAAU